UACUUCCGGUGGAAUCAUGGAGGAGACUGAAGAAUCCGCUCCGACUGUUGGAUGCCAGCAUUACAAGAGAAAAUGUGCUCUAGUUUCACCUUGUUGCAAAAAGGUAUAUACAUGUCGUGUUUGUCAUGAUGAUGAAGAGAAUCAUCAACUGAUGAGACAGGAAGUUCAGGAAGUCAAAUGUCUACUUUGUGAAAAAGUCCAAAAGGUGGCAGAAACAUGUGAAAAUGAGAACUGUUUGACCGUGUUCGGGACAUACUUCUGUGAGAAGUGUAGGCUAUAUGAUGACGACAACAAGAAACAGUUCCACUGUGACAAAUGUGGUCUAUGCAGAGUGGGUGGGGAAGAGAACUACUUCCAUUGUGAUACCUGUGGUGUGUGCCUUGCCAAGGAACUGAAGAAUGCUCACAAGUGUAUAGAGCAAGCUUCUCGCUCCAACUGUGCUAUAUGUUUAGAGGAUCUGCAUACAUCAAGGAUUGCUGCACACAUACCCCCGUGUGGACAUCUCAUUCACUAUGCAUGUUUUAAGGAAAUGUUGAAAACCGGAAACUAUGCUUGCCCAACCUGUAACCAAUCUAUGGUGAAGAUGGACAAUGUUUGGGAACACAUCGACGAUGAGAUUGCACACACGCCCAUGCCUGAAGAAUACAAGGAUUACAUAGUCCAGAUCCUCUGUCGUGACUGCCACAAGGAAAGCUCGAUAUUGUUUCAUGUGCUUGGGCUGAAAUGCCAGGAGUGUGGAUCAUACAAUACCUGUAGGACGGCAGGGCCAGAAGACGCACAGCAGGAGGACGACAAAAAACCAAGUAAUACUGAUGGAUCGGGAGACUCCGCCUCCGCCAGUAAUAAUCCAACCACGUCUUAGAAGGAACAAGCGCUGUGAUCAAACUGUUGACUAGAAACUGGAAGUAAAUUCCGGAAUAUGUUAGCUACAUCAGUGAUUCAUCAGUCUUCUAGGCCAAACUGUAUAUGUUUCAACUUUUUGUUACAAUUAACGCCACACAAAAGUUUAAUAUAUUGGCCUUUAUUUUGCCUUGCAUACAUUUAAACACCACACUGAAGCAGAAAUUAGUGGCCUACAGGAUGUUUGGGGAUAAUUUACACCACACUGAAGUAGAAAUUAUUAGCCUACAGAACACCACACUGAAGUAGAAAUUAUAGGACUUCAUGUAUUUUAUGUACGAGGUAUAAUUUACAACACACCAAAGCCUAAAUAUUGGCCUAUAUUACGUCUGAGAUAUAAUUAAACACAUCACACAAAAGCUGGAAGUUUUGCCUAUAUUAUUUCUGAGGUAAAAUUGACUCUAAUAUAUGAAUGGUGAUAUGACAUUUCAAAAAGCCUAUUUCACCUAAAUGUUGAAUAAGUCUUAUCCUGUAUCCACUCACAGAAAUAUCAUGGCCAUGAUUAAGCAUCUGAUCAAAAGUGGGUUUUAAAUAAAAUCAAAUUUCCGCAUUUAUUAAUAAUAAUAAUAUUGUACAAUAUGCAUUUUAUAUAAACUGAUUUAAUUCUUAAGAAGAAAGCAUGAUAAUGUUAUAGAUUAACAGGAAGAUAUCUUAAAUAUCAGUUUGCAGAUAUCUGAAAUGAUGUGUUUGAUCUGUUUUUAUUAUUCUGUGUUAGACAAUCAAUUUCACCAUAAGCUUUAAUAAUCUUUUCGAUUAAAGCAACAUAUCAGUGUAACUAGAUAAACAGGUGCUUACACCAGUUAAAAUAGUCCGAAUUAUUCUGAUGUUUUAUCGACUUUUUUCAUAUCGGUCUGUCGUCGAUUAACGUCCGAACU